UGCUCAGGGGGAGCUGGGGGUGCUGGGACCAGCACAGGGGGCAGGGAUGUCUCUGGGGUUUGGGGAUGUCUCCCUGCCUUGGUUGGGAUGGGAUCCUGCCAGUGACAGCUGUGCUGCCUCCACGUGGGGCUCUCCAGCUCCAGCAACCCCCUUUUCCCACCUCCAGUCUGCUGGGUUUGGGGAAUCAUUUAUUUUAAAGGUUUUUUUUUUUCCUCCAAGGCUGUCAUAUAUGGCAGCCUUUCCCCUCGGUGACCUCAUGUUUGGCAGGGACCCAGCCCGGCUGGGGUGUGGGGUGACAGCAGGACCCCAGGGCUGGGGGUGUGGGGGGACACUAAAGGCAGGGCCAGGGGACAAAUCCAGCUCCUGUGAGCUGUUUCACAGGGAAAGGGAACUGGCAGAGCCAUCCCUGGGGAAUGUUGGAGCUGUGAAUGGACUGGCAGUGUUGGGGGACACCAUGUCCCUGUCCUGCCCCAUGGGUGACAGCCCAGAGCCUGUUCCCUCUCUCUGGAACCAUGGGGGACACCAGGACCUUUGGAUCCCUUGCUUGGGGUGGCAGCUCCUUGUCACUGCUCCAGUGCUGGGAUGUCCCUGCCUCGGGCACAGCUCGGGAUCAGCUGGGCCCCCUGUGCCUCAGUUUCCCUCGAGCCCCUCCAGCUGUGGGGGGUGACUCCAGGGCAUCUCUGCUGCCUCCCCUGGGUGCUCCAGGAGACUCCCUGGUGAGGGCCCGUUGUCCUUAAAAAGGCAGCAGGAGUUUGGGAGCUGCUGGUUGGCCUCUGCCAGGGCCAGGGGCCUCUGUGGCUCCGCUCCCACUGCCAAGGUUCGGGCUGUGCUGGGGACAGCACUCACUCUGCCCCUUGAGGGAUCAUCCCACCUCCAAAAUCCUGCCAGGAGGAAGCAGAACAAGGCUCACGCUCAGUGCGGGGCUGGGAUUUGGACCUACAGCCCCCGGCCCGGCUCAGGCUGAAGAUUUGGGGCACGAGGGGCUUUGGAUAGCAAAACCCCAAAAAUGGGGGCGGAGAGAGCAAACCGCAGGGAGAGGCAUCCCAGAAGUGCUGGAUGCCAGGGAUGGAGGGGGGAGCCGAGGCCGGGAGGAGCCGAUGCACCAACCCCGCGUGGCUCCGGCAUCUCAGCCACGCCAAAUUCCCCUCCCGGCUCCGGGGUGUCCCCACGGCAGGGCCCCGACAGCCACCUCCACCCCCGUGGGGUUUCUCCACGCGCUCCCCAGGAACUGCAGUCACUUCCACCUCCUUCUUCCCAGCCUGUUGCUUAUAAGGACUUGAGUCUCACUUGUUUAUCGGAGCGGAGCAUAAAAGGAACGGACUCACAACUGGGCCGUUGCCUCCCAAGCAUCCCUACCAUACAUUUUCCUACAAUAAUUAACUGUGCUGGGUCCUACCACCAGCCCAAGGUCAAUUUAAUGAAAUAAAACACCUUAUAUGGCCAUAUGGCCAACACACCAUCACUGAGCCUAUUUAGGGUCUUUGUUUAGAGCGGAUCCGCCUCUGAGGUUCCUGGGGCUCGCUGGUAUUUAUACCCACGGCACAUCGGGGCUCGGUCCCAGAGGAAAGGAGCUCUCGCCUCUGUGGUGAGUACUGCCCUGCCCAGCCCUGCUUCUCUUUUUCCUUGGAGGAGAGCAGGCAGCAAAAGCACCCCGGGGGGGUGGGGGUGGUUUGGGGUGCCUCAGCAUUUUUGGGGUUUGAUUUGCAUUGUCAGCCUCUGCACGACCCCACAGCUGGGGGCCUCUCUGGAGGUGAUGAGAGCUGGGCUGAGGCCAAAGCAGGCUGUGCUCUUGCACAAAUCCCUGGGAUUUGGGUUUUGGGUUUUUUUUUUUUGCUUUUUGGGCUCCUGCAAGGUUUUGCCUGUUUCCUUCUGGAUUUGGGAGCUCAUCCUCUGGCCCAGGGGGCACCCCCUGGGAAGGGCAAUUUUUUGCCCCCUGUUUUUGGGAGUGGAUGCAAGGUCAGAGCAGCAAAAGGCUGCUGAGACAGAAGAGGAUGAGAGGGCAUCACCUGGCACCUCCCUGCCUGUUUCUGGGGGGCACCAGCCGGGCAUGGCAGCACCGGAGCUCCCCGGGGAGGAGGAGCAGGGGGCACUGGCACCGAUUUUGGCUGGAGAAGGAUGGAGGAGCAGCAGCAGCACGGAGCAGCACCCACGGGGAACGAGCAUCACCCCCCUCCGGGGUCAGGCUAUCCCUGGGCACAGCCCACAGAGGAUUUCCAGGGCUGGCCAUCCCCGAGGACUCCAACACUUCCAACCCCAAAGCUGGACGCGGUGCUGUGGGAUGACCCCUCGUCCCCUGGCCGCUCUUUAACGCCGCUUUUCCCCCUGGGCAGCUUCUCCCCCAGGUCCCCCUGAGCACCAAGCGCUGCCAGCCCCACCAUGUGCGAGGAGGAAACCACCGCCCUGGUGUGCGACAACGGCUCCGGCCUCUGCAAGGCCGGCUUUGCCGGUGACGAUGCCCCUCGUGCCGUCUUCCCCUCCAUCGUGGGGCGGCCCCGGCACC